AGAGCCCAGCUUACGAGCCGCCACUGGUCAGAAAAACAUCACAUUAGACGCAUUUGACGUUUUGAUUUUGAUAUAUCGCGUCCUGUGUUUAGAGUAUAGAUUACAAAUUUUAUUUUGAGUCAACAAAACGGCCACAAAAUGAAGAAGAAGGUCCUGUUAAUGGGUAAAAGCGGCUCCGGCAAGACUAGCAUGAGGUCAAUAAUUUUCGCCAAUUACAUCGCCAGAGACACGCGGAGGUUGGGGGCCACCAUCGACGUGGAGCACUCACACGUCCGAUUUUUGGGCAACUUGGUCCUGAAUUUGUGGGACUGUGGGGGUCAGGAGGCCUUCAUGGAGAACUAUUUCGCGUCACAGCGUGACAAUAUUUUCAGAAAUGUGGAGGUCCUUAUCUAUGUUUUCGACGUGGAAAGCCGGGAGUUGGAGAAAGACAUGCACUACUACCAGUCGUGUCUUGAGGCGAUUUUACAAAACUCACCAGAGGCUAAAGUGUUCUGCUUAAUCCAUAAAAUGGAUCUUGUGACUGAGGACCAAAGAGAAAUUAUUUUCAAAGAACGCGAGGCGGAUUUAAAACGAUUGUCACUACCACUUGAAUGUACUUGCUUUAGGACUUCAAUCUGGGAUGAGACUUUGUACAGAGCUUGGUCAAGUAUUGUGUACAUGUUGAUUCCCAACGUCAAAGAACUGGAAAAUAGUCUGCAACAGUUCGCGAAUAUUGUCGACGCUGAUGAGGUGCUGUUGUUUGAAAGGGCAACAUUUUUGGUGAUCUCGCACUGCCAGAGAAAACAUCACCGAGACGUACACCGGUUUGAAAAAGUCUCAAAUAUAAUAAAACAGUUCAAAUUGUCGUGCUCCAAACUUGCGGCGCAAUUUCAGAGCAUGGAAGUUCGAAAUUCGGCGUUUGCGGCCUAUAUUGACAUGUUCACUAGCAAUACUUACGUAAUGGUGUGCAUGUCUGACCCGCAGAUUCCGUCAGAAGUGACUCUAAUCAAUAUUCGGAAUGCUAGGAAACAUUUCGAGAAGUUGGAGAAGGUUUCGAGCUCAGCGCCGGCCAUUGGACACCGGUAGGAAGCAAGGGGAAAGUCUUGUGCCAAAUGAAGAGUACAAUUAAGGUUCCAAUUCAGCAUAUCCGGAUUUGUAAUGUCUGCAAUACUUGAAAUAUUAAUUUUAUUUAUUGUAAUAAGGUGCUAUAAACUAUAGCUAUGUGCUAUAUAAAAGAGAUUAAUAUCCAAA